GAGACCCUUUCGUCACGGCGGCGCUCCGAUCCGGUCUGGUCCGGCUGGAACCGUGUGGCCUAGCAGAAGAAUCCCCAAGUCAAAUCUUUGUCGCUCACCGGGGUGCAAUCCGAUCUCCCGGACUGGAGCCUGCAUCCCCGAGUCAGUCCGUUGACUCUUGACUCGGUUCGUUACCAAGAUAAAAAUAUUUUAUCGGAAAACCGGUCAGGACAACAACGUCAUUUCAUCGCCCGUGAAUCUCCCCGUCCGUCCGGACAUGAAGAGCGAAGGAGACGAAGACGAAGGCUCGAGUCGAUCCUGCUGAAAGCCGAACGACAGCCAUGAGCAGCGGCGGCGACGGCGACCGCGACCGCCGGCGCCGCUCCUUCGCGGACUUCUUCAAAGCCGCCGCCAGGAGGACCUCCGGAGCUCUCGCCGCGCUCUUCCACCUCCGCCGCAAGCGGACGGCCUCCUCGCCGCCCGCCGUCCCCGGCGGUCCGGGAAGCGGCGGGCAGGUCAGCGCCGCCUCCUCUUCUACAGGUACCGCUAGGACGGGCUCGUCGAAGGCGGCGAGGUCGUCUUUCUCGUACGCCUCCUCCUCUGGCUCCUCGAUUGCUCCGAGCGGCGGGCUGGUCGCGCCGCCGUGUUUCACGAUGGAGGAGAUCGUCAAGGCCACGGGGAACUUCUCGGCGUCGAACGUGCUCGGGGAAGGCGGGUUCGGGACGGUCUACAAGGGCAAACUCAGGGACGGAUCGCUGGUCGCCAUUAAGCGCGCCAAGAAGACCAUACUCAAUCUGCGCGCAUCAUCUGAGUUCAAGAACGAAGUCCGUACCAUGUCGAAGAUAGAGCAUCUUAAUUUGGUAAAGUUGUACGGAUUUUUGGAACAUGGAGAUGAGAAGAUCAUUGUGGAAGAGUACAUUGGCGGUGGAACGCUGCGGGAGCACCUCGAUGGGGGAAAUGGACUCGAAAUGACUGAGCGUCUGGAUAUUGCAAUUGACAUUGCUCAUGCAGUUGCCUAUCUUCACACAUACUCUGAUCCUCCAAUUAUACACAGAGAUAUUAAAGCAUCAAAUAUACUGAUCACAGAGAAACUAAGGGCCAAAGUGACGGACUUUGGAUUUGCGCGAUUGGCUUCUGAAGACCCUAAUGCAACACACAUCUCCACUCAAGUCAAGGGAUCAACAGGCUACUUGGAUCCAGAGUACCUGAGGACAUACCAGCUUACUGAAAAGAGUGAUGUGUAUUCAUUCGGUGUAUUGCUUAUGGAAAUGAUGACAGGAAGACACCCAAUUGAAACGAAGAGAACAGCCAAGGAGAGAAUAACCAUAAAAUGGGCAAUUCAGAAACUAAAAGAGGGAGAAGCAGUUCUUGUCAUGGACCAGCGACUGCGGAGAAGUCCAGCAUCCGUCUCGGCUCUGGGGAACGUCCUUAAACUGGCUCGACACUGCAUUGCUCCCAAGAGAGAGUUGAGGCCAUCCAUGCGGAAGUGCGCCGAGGUGCUAUGGGAAGUUCGAAAAGAAUUCAGGGAAACAACUUCCUCCUCUUUGCCUUCUCCUAUCCCUCAUUCUGCAAAUUAUCCUGUUAGGGACGCGAAAAAUCAUCGCCAGACGUCAUUUGGCAUUGAAGAGGGUGAAAGCUAUAAAUUUGUGUCUGCAUAACCGUGCUUCCAUAUAUAUUCUUUUGCUCAAAUGUGUUAUAUAUUGGGAAGGAAUCCCUUGGUUUUGCCCGACUUCCCUUCUUUUAUACCGAUGGAUGGGUAAAGCUUCAUUUCACAGAA